CCAUCAUCAGCCAUUUUCACCAUAAUUUUGCUCCAGUAUCUAGUUUUUGAUCUUGUGAAGCAAUGUCGAGCUGGGAACCACAAUCCAAAGUACGUCGAGUCCAUUUUGCGAAUUUCCCUUCAUGGGAGACGAAGCUUUUUCUCUAGAGUCGCAUACUGGGCGCAAUACAUCUCACUGUACAUUGUAACUGGACACGCAACUAACAACGCACAGAAACGCCGGUUGGACACUGACUCCGGUAUUGGAAAUGGCAUCCUCAACACCAAAGAGCGUUUCAAGCCUACAAGCGCUAGAGACUGGACCAUCUCGAUUGCCGUACCUACCAGCAUAAUCACCAGCUGCGUAACAAGAGAGCAAAGGACAACUGCUGCGGGCUCUAUCGCCAGAGCGCUUGCCAUUUUCUCGGUGGACGAGGUCGUCAUCUUCGACGAUAGCCCGAUUGAACAACGCCCCAGGAACUUUGAUCCAGAUGCGUACACCGGCGACAUAGAACCAGCACACUUUCUGGAGCAUCUGCUGAACUAUCUGGAAACCCCACCAUUCAUGCGCAAAGUUCUGUUCCCCAUCCACCCCAACCUCAAAUCUCAGGGCCUGCUGCACGGUCUGGACAUGCCACACCACCCCCACAAGGAUGAGUGGCUGCCGUAUCGCGAGGGUCUGACUCUCGAAGCUCCUCCACGGUCAGGCAAGCCCGAGCCCGUCAACCCAGCCGAACCCAGAACCGAAGGCGGCUACUUUUGGGGCUACAGCGUGCGCAAAGCCAAGUCCCUCUCCGACGUAUUCACCUCCUCGGCCUACGAGGACGGUUACGACCUCUCCAUCGGCACCUCGGAGCGUGGCGUUCCGCUUUCAAAGGCUUUCCCUAACCACAACCAAACUGCUACUUUCAACCACAUGCUCAUCGUGUUUGGAGGGCCAAGAGGAUUGGAGUUUGCGGCGAUGAACGAUCCUGAUCUGGGGCAGAUGGGGAUUCAGGGGGCGAGGACGAAGGAGCUGUUUGAUCACUGGGUGAACGUGCUGCCGAAUCAGGGGACGAGGGGGAUCAGGACGGACGAGAGCUUGUUGAUAGCUUUGACUGCGUUGAGGAGGUUGUGGGAUAAUAGCUGA